AUGUCUUACACCAACGAGGGAGAAAGCAGCAGCUACCCCAUGUUUGAUGUCAGCAGCAGCAGCAGCUCCAGAGUUGAGGAUUCCUCCCGGUCACAAGUGAUAGGACUGAAUGGGCACACUAAGUCCUCUUGGAGCAUUAAGAUGAGAAGAGACGCUGGUGACAACACGCAGUAUUCUUCAGUUUCACUGGAACCAGACCCUGUGGUGAAUAAUGGAUCAGGUAUUCCCUGUAACUUUCAGGCAGACACAAAGGACCCAGCAUGUCAGAUCAACAGCCAGCCUUCCUCGGGAAGUGAGGUCUGCAGGUACUCCUCUCCCAAGCGCUUCCACCGCCCUUACCAGACCAAGACCAGCAUGCAGGGGGAUGUAUACAACUUCCUGGAGCGGCCCAGCGGACAGAAGUGUUUCCUUUACCAUUUCACUGUGUUCCUUAUGGUGCUCGUCUGCCUAAUCUUCAGUGUGCUGUCUACCAUAGAACAGUAUGCAGAGUUUGCAAGCGGGACCCUCUUUUGGAUGGUAAAAAUUGUUCUGGUGGUGUUUUUUGGUUCAGAAUACGUGGUCCGCCUCUGGUCAGCAGGAUGUAGAAGUAAAUAUGUUGGCUUCAAAGGAAGACUACGAUUCGCAAGAAAACCUAUUUCAAUCAUUGAUUUGAUUGUUGUCAUAGCGUCAGUCAUCGUACUGAGUGUUGGAUCCAACGGCCAGGUGUUUGCCACUUCUGCUAUCAGGGGAAUUCGGUUCCUCCAGAUCCUUCGAAUGCUUCAUGUUGAUCGACAGGGCGGCACGUGGAGACUCUUGGGUUCUGUGGUUUUCAUUCAUCGCCAGGAACUUAUUACAACUUUGUACAUUGGUUUCUUGGGGCUCAUAUUCUCUUCAUACUUUGUGUAUCUGGCUGAGAAGGAUGCAGUAGAUGAGGAAGGGAAGACGGGAUUUGCCAGCUACGCAGAUGCCUUAUGGUGGGGCGUGGUUACUGUUACUACAAUAGGAUACGGAGACAAAGUUCCUCAGACGUGGAUUGGAAAGUUGAUAGCAUCCUUUUUCUCCGUGUUUGCCAUCUCUUUCUUUGCUCUUCCUGCGGGUAUUCUGGGAUCAGGCUUUGCUCUGAAAGUUCAACAGAAGCAACGGCAAAAGCAUUUCAACCGACAGAUUCCCGCUGCAGCUUCUCUGAUUCAGACUCUCUGGCGUUGCUAUGCAGCAGAGAAAGCCAGUGGCUGCUCAGCGACAUGGAAGAUAUACGUGAUGCCCUCUGAUUACAUUUCUAAUAGGGCACCAGACAGCCCAAGCCUCAGGAAACUGGUAAUCUUUAGUAAAAAAUACAAACGGAAACUGAAGAUUGGUCCUGAUAAUGAUUCCACAGGUACAAUGAACCCUGCAGAAAACGCCCUCUCUGUUCCUCAAAUCACAUAUGACCACAUUGAAGAGAAAGAGGACAAGAAAGAGAUUGCCUUUUAUAUUGAAGAAUCGUCAGGCCUUACAAGGAUGAUUAAACAAACAGUGAAGAAAGGCUCUCCUCCUGAGAUCUCCCGGACUAACAGCUUCAUGGACGACAUGGACUUCAUAGGGGAAGACUCUCCACUGCCGGUUGUGACAAAUGCCUCACAUCUGUUGACAAGUCCUUUCAUGGCAAAGCCCCUGGAUUCGUACUCCACACAGCAGUUGAAUUCAGCAAGACUGACUGAGGCACACAAAGCGGCUGUCAAAGUCAUAAGAAGAAUGCAGUACUUUGUAGCCAGACGGAAAUUUCAGCAAGCAAGGAAGCCUUAUGAUGUCCGAGAUGUCAUUGAACAAUAUUCUCAGGGACAUCUCAACAUGAUGGUACGGAUCAAAGAAUUGCAGAGAAGACUGGACCACUCUUUGGGAAAACCGGGGAUAUUUCUCUCAGAAAAGGGUCUAGACAAAGGAUACUAUACGGUAGGAGCCAGACUGAUUCGCCUGGAGGAUAAGGUCUCCCAGGUGGACCAGAAAGUGGAGGACAUCUUGAAUAUUCUCACAGAGCAAUUCGGAUCCCAUCAGGAGCAGCAGCAGAAGCCGGUGUUGCUCAGCACUAAAGCUGCAGCCAUGAAGCACCUGGGAUGCAGCUUCGACGAGGGAGAGGGACGCUGAUGUGAAGAACUCUCUUCAUGCUUCAGCAGCAAACUGCAAUCGUGACGCUUCCACUGAUCAUGCGGGAUCUCACUGUCCACUUGGAACACGAUAUUUGUAUGGCAUCAGCCUUGGUACCUCCCUUCAGAAAUACUGGUCAUCUUCCUAUUAGCCGAAUAAGAAAUACCCUAAAUCUGUUUAGCCCACCAGUAUGUAAAGCUGACAGUUUCCUUUCAACAGCACCUGUCACGUUUUAUUUUAAGGGUUGUUUUUUUGUUUAUUAACUGUUAACAAAUAUUGUUAAUUUUUAGCUAAGGGUUAAGGUUAGGGUUAGGGUUAAUAAAAACCUGAUUUAAUUUGCUAAACAUUACUACAGUAACAAUUUGAACCGAUUUCAAUAGAGCUCUGGUGUUUGAUUGAUCAUCCAUAGUGCUGUGGUGUUUGAUUGAUCAUCCAUAGUGUUGUGGUGUUUGCAGUUUUAGCUGGCCUAUUAUCUAUUAUUAACUAACAGUUAACCUGUUUAUUAGCUGUUUAACAGUUAAUAAACAAAAAUAAACGGUCCUUAAAAUAAAGCGUGACCAGCUUCUGGUUUUAUUCAUUGCCAUUUUACUGACAGAGAACACAGAGAAGACACUGGACAGAUUCACAAAGCUGUUCUCCAGUGUAAAAAGUUUCUUUUUUAGGUUUUAGCGUGUUAGUCACAUUUUCGGUUGUGCUUCCAGGCUUAAUGUUGAUGCCAUUUUGAUCACAAAUAUGAGCACAAAUAUAGCAACAGCCAAUGUUGUUUAAAGUGAAAAAAGACAAUUUAAGACAUAGAUUCCUCCCUCCUUGGAACAAGUUGCCACUGUGAGCUAAUUUGAGUACAAACACAGUCUUAAAAUUGAGACAUGUGACUCAUUUUCCAAAAAAAGUGCUUAUUAUAAGUCAUCACUAUUUUAAACAUUAGGAAAAAUAAGUACCAGCUAUUUUUAAAACUGAAAGAGGUCAAACAGAUUGAAAGGUAUCAAGAACAAAAACCUUUAGGCACCAAUUAUUUUUUUCUAAAAUUAUGUUUAUUAAUCCUAUCAGUUAGAAAUAAUAUCUAAAUUGUUACUGCUAGCUAGAAAAUAACGAUUUUUAAUCUUUGCCAGUUUGCCAGGAACUUUGCCAUUCGUUCCAUUUUACUUCGUACCCGCUGGCACAGAAACCUAGAACUGAGUUCAUCUGCAGUCUGACACAUAAUUAGGGUCAAUUCCAGACCAAUUCCAGAUUUUGGCAUUCUGAAAGUAUCUCUAACAAAUUGAAUACAAAAAAAUAAAAAAUAAAAUUGUACACUUGUAUAUACUUAAGGCUGCAGUGUCCCAAAAUCAUGUUACAUUUGGCAGAUUACUUCCCCGAGUAUAGCAUAGCAAAGUGUAAUAAAGCAUAGUGAAAGCAUCGUAAAGCAUAGACAAGGAUUGUAAUUCCCAGAGAAGAAUGGUAAACAUGGCAAAUUAUGGGAAACUAUGGUAAAUGCAUAUGGGAAAACUGCAAAUAUGCUAUUGUAAACUAUUUAUAAGCUCUGGAAAAAACAACAUUUAUUAAAA